UGGAUAGAAGAAGCCUUCCCAGUCUUGGGUCCAUGAUGUACGCACCAGUUGAAUUUUCAGAAACUGAAUACCCACGAAUUGAGUACCAAAGAAGAGAGCAACAAUUUUGGGACCCUAUUCGACUCUCUCUGUUUACCUUGGCAAUUGUAGCAAUCAUAGGAAUCACAAUCGGCAUUGUCACUCAUUUCGUUGUUGAAGAUGAUAAGUCAUUCUAUUACCUCGCCUCUUUUCAAGUCACAAACAUCAAAUACAAAGAAAAUUAUGGGGUGAGGUCAUCAAGAGAGUUUAUAGAAAGAAGUCAUCAGAUUGAGAGAAUGAUGUCUAGGAUAUUCCGACGUUCUUCUGGAGUGGGUAGAUUCAUCAAGUCCCACGUUAUCAAGAUAAGUCCAGAUGAACAGGGCGUGAACAUUCUUAUGGUGCUAAUGUUUCGAUACCCAUCUACUGAUAGUGCUGAACGAAUCAAGAAAAAAAUUGAAAGGACCUUAUACCAAGGUCUGAAGAUCAAACAGUUGCCUCUGACUAUAAAUAAACCAUCAUUUAGCCUCACACCUAUUGACAGCAAAAAGAUGAGAAAUCUCCUCAAUAGUCGAUGUGGGAUAAGGAUGUCAUCUUCAAACAUGCCAUUGCCAGCAUCCUCUACUACUGAGCGAAUUGUCCAAGGAAGGGAAACAGCUAUGGAAGGAGAAUGGCCAUGGCAGGCCAGCCUCCAGCUCAUAGGGGCUGGCCAUCAGUGUGGAGCCACCCUCAUUAGCAACACAUGGCUCCUGACAGCAGCUCACUGCUUCUGGAAAAACAGAGACCCAAGUAAAUGGAUUGCUACUUUUGGUACAACUAUAACACCACCGGCCGUGAAGCGAAGUGUUGGCAAGAUUAUCAUUCAUGAAGAUUACCACAGAGAAAGCAAUGAAAAUGACAUUGCUCUAGCCCAGCUCACUACCCGUGUAGAGUUUUCAAACGUGGUUCAAAGAGUCUGCCUCCCAGAUGCAUCUAUGAAACUGCCACCGAAAACAAGUGUGUUUGUCACAGGGUUCGGGUCUAUUGUAGAUGAUGGGCCUACACAAAAUAAACUCCGGCAAGCCAGGGUGGAAACCAUAGGCACUGAUGUGUGUAACAGAAAGGAAGUGUAUGACGGCCUGAUAACUCCGGGCAUGCUGUGCGCUGGAUUCAUGGAAGGAAAAGUAGAUGCAUGUAAGGGUGAUUCUGGUGGACCUCUGGUUUAUGACAAUCGGGACAUCUGGUACAUUGUGGGCAUAGUAAGUUGGGGACAAUCUUGUGCUCUUCCAAACAAGCCUGGAGUCUACACAAGGGUGACUAAGUACAGAGACUGGAUAACCUCCAAGACUGGCAUCUAG